AAACUAAAAGUCUGCGACCUGCAUCACGUGGUGCUCUCAAUAUGUUCAAAACGACGUUACAUAUAGUCACAUUCACUGAUUUACCUAUCUUUAUAAAGGUCCUACCUUGUAUCCCUAUACCUACUGUAUAUUCACCAUCUGGAAAUCUCAUUACACCGUUAUUAACUGUUAAUAACCUUUUGUACGAUCGAUAAAGUUAACAGGAACGCGAUGACGGGCAGUGAAAACCAACAAUCAAACAAUAUAUUUUGACUGAACAGCCAUGACUAUGGGAACAUGUGUUUCCCAGUGUAGAGGCAGGCAUUGAUCAGACCUACCUGAAUGUGAGCACAUAUCGACGAACCAACACUACACCAAGCUGUGCAGACCGACAUGUUUGUCUGCCCUGUAGACUGAGGGGAGGCAUGGCGUGCUGUAAGAAUCGGAGAAAACGCCGAAAAUGCAUAAUGACCUGUCUCGCAGUUGCUGUGGUGUUGUAUACAUGCCGCCAGCUGAGGAUGUUAGGAGUGGUCCCGCCGUAUGGCUUGAAUGGCGGAAUGGAUAAAGCGGACAAGCUGCUCAAUCAUUCCGACAUUGGCUCACGUGAUUCUUGCUCUCGGGACAGUCUGGCACCAGACGUCGACAAAGAAGCAAUGGAGAAAUUCAAGAUUCAUGACUUGCUCAGAAUAAAGAAGCAUGACUUCCUGACUGAGUAUAAGAACCCAUGUUGGCGGAAUCACAAUACUGGCGAGUUGAAAUGUCUGCCAUAUUUCUAUUUAGCGGGUUUUGCAAAAUGUGGUACGACGUUUGCCUUUCAAACCAUCUUCAGUCAUCCAGAUACAGCAGCACCGGCAGUCAAGGAAUCUCACUGGUUAUCAAAAACAAGGUUUAAACAUCAGUCCCACAUUCUAGCCUACCUGGAAGUGUUCGCUCCUGCUGCCAGAGAGAUAGAGGCGAAACAGUUCCACCACCAGAUCACAGGUGACGGGUCGGCCUCAACAGUAUGGCGGAACCACUUCUGGGCCAACCUGCCAGGGAACUACUACUGCUCCGAACCACGUGUCCUUAUACCCCAUUAUGUCCACCACCUCAACCCCCUGGCCAGAGUCAUCAUCAUGUUCAGGGACCCAACAGAGAGAAUGAUAUCUGCGUACAACCACUUCGACCCCGGCACAGGGUCGGCCGAGCACUUCCACGAGAGUAUGGUGAAGCAGACCCGGAUGUAUACUGACUGUUUUGCCAGGACCUCAUACAGAGCAUGCGCCUACAAUGAGACGCUGAGGACGAGCGCGUCUCAAGGGCAUCACUGCCAGUUGGUGACAGGCCUGUACCACGUGUUUAUCAGGGAUUGGCUGACUGUGUUCCCACGUGAUCAAAUCCUUAUCAUCAAAAUGGAGGACAUGCGAGAUCAUUUUUACAACGUUUUCGCAAAGAUAUUCAAAUUUCUUGGUCUAAGUCCUUUACCGAGGUCAGUGAUGGACCAACGGGAGCGUGAGGCGAAGUCAAAGAAAAGAUCAAAACGGGUACAUAUGAUGGACAAGACGCGCCACCUGCUGGACGACUUCUACAGGCCCCACAACAUUCAGCUCACCAAACUUAUCGGUGACAGCAAACACACAGGUGUAUGAUGAGGAUGUGAAAAUAUGCCGAGAUCUACACCCAGAAGAUUGUUUGUGUACAAAUAUUCCUUCCAACCAGCGUUCAUGGACUCGGGAAUUUACUGUUGAAACCACUUGAAUGUGAUCUUCAGGAAUUCGGGCAUUAGAUGUGGAAACCACUUGAAUGUGUUCCUCAUGGAAUCUGGUAAUAGCUGUGGAAGCCACUUGAAUGUGAUCUCCGGGAAUUCGGGCAUUAGAUGUGGAAACCACUUGAAUGUGUUCCUCAUGGAAUCUGGUAAUAGCUGUGGAAGCCACUUGAAUGUGAUCUCCGAGAAUUCGGGCAUUAGAUGUGGAAACCACUUGAAUGUGUUCAUCAUGGAAUCUGGUAAUA